CAUGGCCUCCACCCUAGUAGCGAUGGCCUCCAACCUAUGAGUCUGUCGUUUGUGGAGCCCUGCAUUCGGCAUUCGGCCAUUCGGCGUUCGGCUCAGAGCUGAUCUUCAAACUCGUGGCGUUCACCCGCCAAUGUUGCGGGGCCGACCUUCGAUGAUGGAUGACUGUGUGGCGGAGGGAAGUCCCACGAAUGCCAAGAAGGAGUUUCAGGCUGCAGUACAAGCUGCAACGGAGGACCAGGCGGAAAAGCUAAGAAAGCUCUAUUCUGAGAGCUGGCGACGAAGUGACGUCCAGAUGGGCCUCAAGCAGCCCAGGCCUCCCAUCAUUUCGAAUGCAAAUGCCGCACUUCAAGCUCUUGAAGAAGAUCUUCGGGCUACCUAUGCUCAAAGUGCCGGCAGCGGUGUGCACACAGGGAUGGAUGGUUGGAAACGCUCCUUCUGGGGCAUGUUCAUGGAGCUAGCCAUUUGUGCCGGCUGCGUCCGCUGCAAGUAGGUGAUCCCAAGCCCACUGCAGCUUCGCAAACUUUGCCAAAUGUCCUGAGCGGCCACUGUGAAAUACGUAUUCGUUGCCACUGUCAACUUCAACUCCUGUAAACUGCGCUGCUAAC